AUGGAACUCGCUGCAUUCGCUGAAUCACAGAAACAGAGUUUUGUGUUUACUCCCAAGUUCAAUAGAGAUUCAAUUGAUUCGUACGAUAAUGGAUCAUCUCCAGUGCCAUUCGUGAAGUUAUUCGAUGGUCUCGAGUCAGAUGAGAGUGUCUUGUCUAGAUGGGCUCUAUACAAUAAACUACACGCUGAUUUCCAUACUAGCGUUGACACUAUUCUAGAUUCUAUCGAUAGAGAAGUGGUAACGAAUAUUUCCAAUACAAUUCAAAGUCUUAUAUCCAAUCCCGCAUCAGAAAUAACUAGGAACGAUUUUAAGACGUUGAUUCUUUUGGGUUCCGAUGCAGAGACCAAACUUGAAAUACCAGCUGAUACCGAAGAUUGUUAUAACGUUUUAGUAGAUAUAGAGCCAAAGGAUGCUCCAAAUGUACGAUUGUUGUUGAAAAGAGUCAUCUUUAAGAUGUUGGAAUCGAUGGAAUUGAAAUUACAAUCCGAUCCCAAUAGCGCAACAGAAGAGUUUGAUGAGGAGGUUAUGAAAAGUCUCAGGUUAUACGAUAUGAUUGUCUUCCAAUUGUUUCAACCCACUUACAAGAAAAAACUGAACUUGAUUAUAAAUUUGAAAGAAACUGAGACGUUUUAUAUGAACGUCUUACAAGAGUUUAUAGAUCUCAUGAAAGCUACUUUGAAAAUUAAAGGCAUCCAAGUGUGUUUUGUGUUAAAUCUAACAACCAAUGUGGAAAAAUUCGAAAAUAAUUUGGAUCAGUCUAUCAUUAGAGCAUUGAGUUAUGAUUUGAAGACUAUCGAUUUAUCGAGUACAAAAGGGUACAAAUACUCAAACUUGAUCUUUCAAUCUUUCCUAGAUUGUGUCGAUAGGAAGUUAAACUUAUCCCCCAAAUUCGUGAAGUUUGUGCUUGAAAAGAUGGAUAAUAAUACCAAUCAGAAUCUUCAACUUUUGUUGAAAAUCUUGGAUUACUCGCUGAUGUCUUAUUUUUUCAAUAAUCCGUAUUCGAUAUUCAUUGACGUUGCCAACAUUAAUUUCCUAGAUGAGAAAUAUCUGGAUAGACUCACUAAAUGCCAAACCUUUUUGAACUUUGUAGAAACUAUGGUGAACUCAAGGGCUCCAAGGGAAGAAAUUGUAUCAUUGCUCAACAAUGAAAAUGAUACGUUGGAACAAUUUUUCGUGGACUUCCUAGUGGCAGAAAACCCCAUCAAUGACAAAUUACAUCAAAUCGUUAACAUUUUGGAGAAUAAACUCAAUAUUUACGAUUACAAUUUGAUUGAUUUGUAUUACCACAUGUUGAACAACAGAUUAGUCGAUUAUUUGAGUAAAUGGGAAGCAUGCGACAAAUUUCGCCAAGAAUUCGAUUUCGAAAACGUACAAAUCGUUUUUCAAGAGCUAUUCACGUUGGACAACAAUAACGGACUGUUAUCCCAAGGACUUUUCCCAUUCUUCAGGACUAAUUUGGAAGACAAUCUGUUAAACUCGGAAAGAAUCUUGCCGAGGAGUAAAGUCAUCCAGCGUAUGGCGAACAAUGACGAUGAGAUACGUGAACUGGACAGAAAACUCAACGAAUUAAUAGACCCUAUUAUAUGUCAAGUAUUCACUCUUUAUCGUGAAGCCCGCUCUUUCAUCAAUGUGUAUGAUUUCUUCGUUGCCUUCAAAGAAUCCUUACCAAAAUCAGAGAUUUAUGACCUAUUAAAAUCUGUUCUUGCAGGAGAUGAGGUGAAAACCUCUGUCAAAGACAAGUCCCGAAAAAUAAUGGAAAAACUCGAUCAGGACGAAUUCAUGGAUAAGUUAGCGUUAGUUUGGUUCAUCAAGGGGUUGACAGAAUGUCAAUACGUUGGGAUCUUGAAAACUCAAAGAUAUCAGACAUAUGAAAUUGUGGAAAAAAUUAUCUGGAGAGGUAUUUGA